AUGAAAGACAUAUCUUCCGUCGCCAGCUAUUCCACGACAUCCAGCAGAUUCGAUCCAUCCAAGAGUUCGUCAUCAGACGGCCCAUCAUCGUCAUCGUCGUCAUCAUCGCCAUUGGCAUCGUCGCCUUCUCUGAAUCACGUAUUGGAUGGUCUCUUUAGUUUAUUGAACUACAAGGAACGCCAAAUAUUGACGGAGCAACGAGAGCUUACCGAAAACGCUCGAACGUUGGCAGCCCAGGUGGGUGGUCGGGAGGUAUCGGAUUUGCUCCACAAUACGGCCUCGCUCAAUUUCUUGCAGGAGCUCCAAUUGCAAUCCACGUUUUCGGUCGUCUUGGCGGGGGAAUUCAAUGCCGGGAAAAGUACGCUUUUGAAUGCAUUGCUGGGCCAAGAAUUAUUGGAAUCGGGCGCCCUGCCCACCACCGAUACCAUUACCAUUGUGGCGGCCAAUAAAUCCAUGCCAAACGAAAAUGAAGCAGACGCAGACGACGACGCAGAAUCAAUUACCGACAAUAAAAACCAUGCAACCGAUGCGCCCAAAUUACCGUUGGGCGUCACCUUACACUUGGUUCCAGACAUGCCAUUAUUGCAAGACUUGACAUUGAUUGACACCCCCGGUACCAAUUCCACCUGGAUGGACCAUACCGAACGAACUCUGAGACUGUUGCCAUCGGCCGAUUUGAUUUUGUUUGUCACCUCGGCCGAUCGGCCCUUUUCCGAGUCGGAACGGACCCUUUUGAAAAGCAUCCAAUCCUAUCGCAAGAGCAUUGUGGUAAUUGUCAAUAAAAUGGAUAUUCUACCGGAAGAGAGUCAGCCCAAGAUUUUGGAAUUUGUCCAAGACAAUGCCAGUGAAUUGUUGGGAGCAAGGCCAAUUGUCAUUCCCGUUAGUUCUAGGAAUGCAUUGUCGGUCAAAUUACAAGCGGCUGGCAUUACACCCAACACCGUCAAUCAAGGCAACGUCAUGGGUGGUACUGCUAACCAAUUGUUAUUGUCCUCAGCAGAACAAAUAUGGAAGGAUAGCAACUUUGGCGCAUUGGAAUCCUUCUUGCGAGACUCGUUGACCACUCAAACACGGAUUCGAUCCAAAUUGACCAGUCCACUGGGAGUGGCCGAAGGUCUCAUGGUCCAAUGUUUGGAGACUCUCAAGAAGGAAAAACAAGAGCUGGAAGCCGAUUUGUCCACCUUGAAUAUCCUCAAGAGUCAAUUGGAAGGAUGGGAAAAGGAAUUGCAACGAGAUUUGGAUGCUUCCAAGGAACGAAUCGUGAAAACGGUAACACAAGAAGGAACGACUGUGGAACUAUUGUUUUCUCGCAUGAGUGUUUUUCAAUUUUAUGCAUGGGGAUUGCUGUCAUCGAACAAGAAUAAUGCUACGAUGACUGGACCGCCACACGCAAAAUUUCUCAAGGAAUGGGACGAGGCCAAAUUGCAACAGGCAUCGCUACACAAGUCCAAUGAUUUGAAGGAAGAAUUAUUGGAGCAAGUAUAUGAAACUGCUGACUCGGUGGCAUCUCGUGGCCGCGCCCAGGGUCAAGUGGUGGUGGAAUAUCUAGGCAACCGGCCCACAAUGAAAAAUCAAAGUCUGAUUGGUAGUGUGACUGCCACAUCACGAUUCGAAGAUACACGAAAGCAUUUGGGCAAGCUCAUGGCGGAAGCGGUCCAGUCGACACUUCAAGGAAGACAUGCUGCUGGUGGUGGUCGUCUUGACAAGAACAAGAAUGCUAAUGAGGAACGAGACUCGCUCUAUGCAUCCAUCCAACAGUUGGCAAUGGCUUCCGCAGCUCUACAAACUGGAGGUGUGAUGACAGGCUUGGUCACACUUGGAGAAUUUUUGGAUCCGUUCACUGGAAUAGCCUUAUCAUCAAGUCUAGUCUUGGGAGGAAGCGCAUGCUAUGUUGUUGGAACUUCGCGAUUGGCGAAAGGUUACCAAGAGGAUUGGGACAAUCGAGCCCAGAGACUUGGCAACUCGUUGGAUGGAAUCUUUACCAAGGAGCUUGACAAGGUCAACCGACGGAUCAUGGAUGGAGUCGCACCGUACACUAGAUUUGUGGAAAGCGAGCAAGAACGAAUUGACAAACUACGAGACGAAUGCGACGGUCUGGCUACCGCAGCCAGAAGUCUACGAAAUAGAGUCUUCAAACUAAGCUAG